AUGUUCAUGAAUAAUACCAAUCAACUAGAUGAUGUAUUCAGCCAACCUGAAUCCAAUUCAAUGACAACUAGUUAUGGACAUGUCUCACCUGUUUCCCGACACUCUGCUUUUCUGUACGAUUCUCUGAAUAACGGCAAUGAAAUGGAUUCAUCCAUUAAAUUUAAUGCUAUGAAACAAAACGACAACAGUAUUUUUAUGAAUUCACUGGAGUUAAAUAACAUCAAUAGCCUUAGGCAUAGUAAAAUGAAAAGUAAAAUUACUAAUGACACUUCUAUAAUUCAUCAGUUAUCAUCUACAAAAAGUGAAAAUAACAAAAAAGGGAAUCACCUCGUUAGUUAUCUAAUAGACAUUGAAUCAGAUCAAAGUGGAAUGAUGGGAAGUGACAAAACUAUUUAUCAUGAUGAUGAAAAUAAAGACAGGUCGUUAUAUGAUGUCGUAAAUGAGUCUUCCAAUUGUCCAUCACCUUCUUCUGCCUCGUCCACUUCUGAAAUACAUAAGCAAGAAGUUAAAAGUUCAUAUGACCAUUCAUCAGGACAGAAUUUUCAAAAACAAAUCCCAUUUAAAAUGAAGUCCAUUCAAGCAACCAAGAAAGGGCGGAAUACAGAGGGAAGGUGUCCCAUCAGGGACUGUGAUGGUACUGGACAUGCUACAGGACUUUAUUCAUAUCACAGAAGUGUAUCUGGAUGCCCAAGGAAGGAUAGAGCCAGUGUAGCUGAACUUGCACUUUACCAUCAAACUUUGCAUUGCCCAACUCCAGGAUGUACGGGUAGAGGACAUGUGAAUAAUAAUCGUUCAUCUCACCGAAGUUUUUCUGGAUGUCCUCUUGCAAGUCGAAAUCGAAACCGGCAAUCAAAACGUCCUAUGUCACCACAAAGGAUUGAAUCACGCCAUAAAUCUUCAAGUAAUUUGGUAUCUGGAAACGAAAUCGAUAUGUCUUAUCCCAAGAAGUACUGCCCACUAACAGGUCUGAGUAGUAAACUAAGCUUAGAUAAUCCGUCUGUUCCAAUGAUUGUAUCUCCUUUAUUACAGUCACCUGCAUUGUUCAAUGAGUCUCAACAGUUCAACGGAAAACUUAUGUCAAACUUCGAUGUGAACUUUCCACUGCACAAUUUGAAUCGUACUGUUGCAACAGACUCAAAUAAUUUAACAAAUGGAUGUAAUGAUACAAUUUCGAAAUCUAUUUAUGAUAUAUUACCCAACUUUAUUAAUACAACACAUUUUACAAAUUUGAUAAAUUGUCCAACACAAUCUAACAGCACCAAUAUUAAUAUUGAUAAAGGUAGCAGUUUACUUAAUAACUCACAAAUUCUCUGUUCCAUGUUUAACUCGUCAGGGUUAAACAGAAGUCUAGAUGAAAAAAGCAGCGAUUUCAACACUAAGCAAUCUGUUAUAUUUUCAAAUUCUAUGCAGCUUAAAGAUAUGAGUUUCACAGGGUGUUUAGACUAUCCAGUUUCUAAUUUCACUAUGACACAACGUAGUGUUCUUCAAAAUGCUAACCCGAAUCAAAAUCAAAAUCGAAUACUAUCAAAACCAGCAGAGACUUCCUAUAGUGUCAAUGGUAGUAGUAGUAUUAGCAACAGCAGUGGCAGUAGCAACAGCGACAUAACGUUCCCUAAGUCAAUCAUAACAGCACAAAUUAAUUGCGUAUCAGAAAAUCCUCCAAUAAAUAAACAGAACUUAUUUAUCAAUCAGUAUUUACCCUCACAAGUCAUCAAUUUAUGCUCUGAUUUAACUAAAAAUUAUUCAACACCAAACUUGCUGCAUACCGAAACUAAAUUUGAAUGUCCGAUUGACUUAUCUUUACAUUCCAGAAAUCAGAUGGAUGAAACAUGUAAAAGUUCCUUCACUUUAGACAAAGUACCAACAGUAAAUAUAACAAGUCGGUCAUUUGAAAUUGGCAGUCUCUGUCCGGAACUUCAUGACUCCAAACAACAGCAUUCAGAGAAUUUGUCUCUAAGUACAACACUAAUGAAUAAUGAUGGUGUUAAUAUUGAUUCCCUUCAUUCAUCUAACACAUAUGACCACAUUAAUUUAGUUAAUUCAAAGUAUCCAAUGAAUGUUCAACCAUCACGAAGUUCUAACCUUAGUCUUAACGAGAACAUGAUAGGAACCAGCAUGAUUUCGAGCAUAAAACAACUUCCAGAAGAUGAAAACUUUUUGGCAAGCAUGGGUUGCUUAAACUUACUGCAGAGGAAAUCGAAUUUCGAAACAGCAAAUAUUCUAUUUGCAUUCAACUAG